AUGCCACGCUCUGCUGCGUCUAGGAAGAACCAGAGCAAUCGGCACGAGAAUGGAAUCGUUGGUCCCGGCAAGAAAGUAACCAAGCAAAAGUCAAGCGGCCAUCUCAACGGCAACUCGGUCAACGGCUCUGCUACCGGUCCGGGCGCGUCCGCUCACUUCGAUUUAUCCUCAGUACGGUCUACGAGUGAUACGGCCGUGGCCUCUCCGACGGGUCCAGAAAAAGGAGAUAGCAUCAAGGCGGAUAGCAAUGUGCGUGGAAUGUUGAAUGGGCAUAGCAAGAGUGCAGAAAUGGCACGCACGGAGGAAAAUAGCGAUGUGCACCAGAAUGGUGGCAUCGGAGGUCACGGUUCCCGCAAUGGAAUCUCGAAGCGAUCCGGAUCCAGCGCCUCAAUCAAUCCGCUCCAGCUCGCAUCCACCAUCCUCAAGUCGUGCCCCAUGUACGACACCAUCGCCAUCUUGAUCUUUUUGCUACAACUCCCGCCGAUGGUCUUGACUCUGGUUCAGUUCUUAUUCGCCUCUCUUACUUUCAUGCCCCCCGGUGGCGCCGCAGCCGGCUCUUUGUCGUCGAACUUUGACAUUUUUCAGGGUCCGGCUGGGACGCCCUCUCUGGGGACAAUGAUUGCGAUGGAUGGGUUUUGCAUACUUCUAUGGGGCCUCUUUAUGUGGACUUGGGCGCAGAACUUCGCCAUCGAUCUCGCCCAUGUCCAGGUUGCCAUCACGUUAGGCGGCGGAGGCUCCGGGAAGAACGGUGGGGUCAAUGCCCUUUGUGUCGGAAUCGUCUUACUUCUUCAUCUUGUCCGCAGCAAAGGCAUUCAGGACUUUGUUCUGGGUCAUCUUGUCUCUGCUAAAUUGCUCAGCCCCGAUUUACUCUCUCAGUAUUCGCACCUAUUACCCGCCGAAUUCCGACGCUCCGAAGCACAAUCGUCCCCGAGCUGGCUGCGCAGCCUUCUUGCGGUGCAUAUUCUGGCCCAAGCCGCAACCGCUAUGGCACGUCGUGCGAUGGCUAAAAACCGGUCACCGACACCGUUACGGGCCGGCAAGCGGGGCGAUACCGAGGCAUCCGCGGGAUCACAGGCACAGGCUGAUUCUGCUAUGGAAUCCGCCGCCAGUGUCUCGUCUUGCUUCGUUGGCCCUGACGGCCAAUUAAAAGAUGGAAAGGAUCGCUUUACUUCGGCCAAGAAACGCAGACGGCAAGCCAAUCAAGUUCGGAGUCGGCAGCCGUUUUGGGCUGCCCUUGCCAGUACAAAGGUCACUGUUAUGCGAGAAUAUGAACAUUCACGGGCUAUUUCCAAGACAGCACGCAAUCUCACGAUGACGGAGGAAGAUCUACAAGGCGUCUCUCUCGAUGACGGGUUAGUAUGGAUUACGGAUGUGGACAGCUCUUCGAUCAAAUUUGCCGCGGGUGAAUUCAGCGAUGAUCCUGCCGUCUCAGGUUCUUUCGAAGCCAGACGUUUGGAGGGAGACAUGGAACCGUUCUAUGUCUGCGUCAAUGGCGCGCUCUGGGCGACGGCUUCGAUAUGCAGGGUUUCAGACGCCAAGGGGCCGAGUGUCGUCCAAUGGCGUGGUGAGAUAGCUGGUCUUGCUCCGAACUGCGCCUACACCUGUGCGUUUGUACGAAGCGAUACCGACGAAGAAAUCUGUGUCAUGAGUGUCAAAACGCCUGCAACGACUGACACAGAGCAAGUGGUCUCGGCUAUAUCGACCCCCCCGCAGCCGACUUACCGACCAUCGUCACCCACCACAACGCUCAAGAAUUCGAUCAGCAACGCGGAAUCCAAACUGAAUGAAAAGCGCAACCGCCUGAAGAAGACGAAAAAUGACCACAAAGCUGUUAUCUCCAAGAUUCGCAAGGAACUCGACAACUUCAACUCUCGCCUCCAGAGUGGAAAUGACGAACAUCGGCAAAAGCAACGUUCGCUUCAACUGGAACGCAACAUUCGACAAACCGAGGAGGCUACUGCUGCGCUAGACGACCAACUUGAAUCUAUGGAGAAGGUCCCCGAGGAGGAGAUGGAAGAAUGGUCAGCCCAGAAAGCAGCCUUCGAGCGUGAGGUGGAAUCGUUCAAUUCAACUAAAGAAGAAGUUGCUGCUGCUCGGACGGCCGCCGCUCAGCAGGUGGCGGCACUGGAGGGGGAAUUGAAUCAGGCAAUCCAGAAGCGAGAACGUCUCCAGGGUCGGCGCACCCGUGUGAACGAGCAGUAUGAGCGAAUCAUUUCGGCCAAUGCUCAAGGGUUGAAUGAGCGAGAACGCCGAGCCGCCGAACAGUUUGCCAGAGAGCAAGACCAGUCCAAGAUGGAGGCCAGUUUCCAUGAGCAAUUUGCAAGCAUCAGCCAGUCUGUCCAGGAUUUCCAACUGCGGACUAGUCAACUCUGGCAGCAAGCGACUGCAAUCGAGCAGUCUAUUCAGCAGCAGCAGCAGCAUAUGCUUCUCGAAUCUGGUCCUCUCACCCCCGAGGGCAAUCUUCCAGGCACUAAUCCACUGUCCGAGGCGAGUGUUCCACCAUUGACCGCACCUACGACCACUGCGCCUGGUACUCGAUCUCUGAUGGGUCUCGGCUUUCCCCCGGCAAGGUCUAGUCCACUACAGAUCUCAUCGUCUCCAGUCCGUGAAAUGCCGUCGAACCCAACCAGCCCAUCGCAAGACAUUCCCUUUCUGCCACAGUUUCCAACGUCUCCCGCUGGCAAUGUGGGCUCUUACUUUGGACCAGAGGUCAACCACCGGGAUCGCUCGUUCUCAAACCGCUCCAAUCGCAGCAGCCAAUUUGGAUAUGACUUCUUGGACUCAAAUCGUUUGCCACCUCUCCAGCUCGAUCUGUCCGAAUUGCUCGGCGAGACCAAAGCGCGCCCUGGGUCCGAUGGAAAUGGGUUUCUGCAUCAGGGUGGCCGUCCAGUCCUGAGUCCUUUCCAGCGAGCCGUCAGUCGAGGUAGUGGCACUGGCAGUGGUGGUAGUGGCAGUGGAAGUGGGACUGGGAGUCCGCACUCGUCGCGGGACUAG